CAUAUUCAUGUUUUGAAAUGGGUGCACCUGCAGACCCAUAUGCAGAUGACAUGAGAGAACGAGAAAAAAUGGGCCUGGACUGUGUGGAAGAAGUCAAUAUUGACAGACGAAUCAUAGAUAGAGCUGUGGCCACUGAAGAGUUUCCAGAUGAACCUAAGUACAAGGAAUUUUUAGCAUGCAGUUAUAAAAAGCAAGGCUAUCAAACUGCAGAUGGCGUUAUCCAAUACAAAAACAUCAAAGACUUUCUCAGUCGGUUUUACAAAAGAAGCGAUUUGAAGAUUAUCGAUAAUUGUAAAAGUGAUAAUGAGAAGAGUCACGGAGAUAGGGCGUUUGAUGCUCUGUUGUGUGUUAUAGCAAAUCUUCAUGUUAUAGAAGGAGCUCAGAGGUCAGAAACAUAAAGUAAUUAUAGUUUCUUUAGAGGGAACUUAAGUUAUUGUAAAAUUCUAUUCAUAAUUUCACAAGAUA